GACCUGAUGCUUACUUAGAUGCCACAGCUUUAUUAUGACUAAUCUGAUGUUGAUCUGUUGACCAUCCAGCUGUCUAAUAUCCAGACCACACUAGAGAGGUCCAGGUACUUAUCAGUUAUUAAUGCCCCUGAUGUAUUUAAAUGUAACAAGCAGGUUUGAAAUGCAAACUAGCACAUAUGUCUCAAGUUUCAGGUUUUGACCUAAACAAACUAUAACGAAAAUCGGCUAAAUACAAAAGCCACCAAGUGUUAUUUUUCUAAGAUAAUUUUGUUAUCUGUUUGUUGUGCUUUUGAAAUGUUUUAUAGGCUGGAUUUCUUUGUGGUACAUAAACUAAGAUAUACCUUCAGUCAUGUCAUAGUGAAGUUGAUGUCUCAUAGUUCCAUGUAUCUUUCCUGUUUCAACACAAGGGGGCGGUCUUCUCCCUGUGUGUGGGGAAAACAUGCCAGACACAAUAGCUGAAGGGCAAUAAACCACUCAUUUCUAAUUACAUGUUUUAAGAUGUCACUUUUCCUACUUCCACAUCAGCAUUUUCAUCCAUAGACCUGUUUCAUUUUAGAGUGUGCAUGGCAUAUGAAGUGUGGUAACAUUUGCUGAUGUCUAGAUUGUACUAUGGUUGACUGUGAUAGCUCUCAUCUUCAUUUGCCUUUGUCUCUUUUAAACCAUUUCACCAGAAUCAGCAGUUUAAACAUAUAAUGAACAAUUUGCGUCAUGAUAGAUUCCUGUUUCCCAUGUGGAGGGAGAUGCAUGUCUCACCGCAAGUCUGUUCACGUAUCAACUGAAGUCUCCGUCUAACCUUGAACACAAAUGCAAAACAUCAUCCUCAUCUGAGUUAUCAAUAGGCUGGAUCAUCGCUCAUCUUCCCCUCAUCAUCUUCCGCACCUUCUACCUCCCUCCCUCCCUCUCUGUCUGUCCAUCUCCUCCCUCGCCUUUUUACGCACAAAACAAGUCGGAGCGCACUCGCGGCUGGCGGAGAAAACGGGAGAGACAAUAGACAAUAGUUUUGGUCAUCAUGGUAUUUGGAUUUUUACCUUAGACAACAUGCACGCCGGACUGUGAGAUAGCCUACAGGUGAAAAAUCUGUGAACGCGUCUGUUCAUUCGCUGGCCGAAAGUUUCUCCAGGUUUUAAUGUUGCCAACCGAGAUUUCAGGAGGAGUGUGUUUCACCUCAAGCGAUCACACUGAGGGAAGGAGAGAAGGGAUGAAAACAGAGGGAAGCCCGCAGCCCUGUCAGCAGCAGCCUCCAUCCUCAACGCCUUUUGGUCCGGAGUACAGAGGAGGGGGAGAGGUGUGUGCGGGCUGCGAGUCUCCCAUCGCCGACCGCUUCCUGUUGCGCGUGAACGAGCGCUCCUGGCACGAGACCUGCGUCAAGUGCGCCGUGUGUUUGAGCUCGCUCACCGGGACCUGUUACUGUAGGGAUCGCCUGCUGUACUGCAAGCACGACUAUGAAAAGCUGUUUGUAAGAAAGUGCAGUGCAUGCCUGCAGGUGAUUGGACGUUCAGAGCUGAUAAUGCGUGUGCUAGGCCAGGUGUACCACCUGGGCUGCUUCACCUGCUGUGAGUGUGAACGCCGGCUGCAAAGAGGUGAUGAGUUUGUGCUGAAAGAAGGCCAGCUGCUCUGCCGCAUGGACUAUGAGAAGGAGAGGGAAAUGCUGGCUGCUAUUAGUCCGACACCAACUGAAUCAGUGAAAAGUGAGGAUGAGGACGGUGGAGGAGGGUCCGGCGGAGGGAAAGGUGGUGAUGAAGGCAAGGAGCACAAGCGUUCAAAACGACCACGCACCAUCUUGACCACACAGCAGCGCCGUGCUUUCAAGGCCUCCUUUGAAGUGUCUGCGAAGCCUUGCCGCAAGGUGAGAGAGACACUGGCUGCUGAGACAGGGUUGACAGUGCGUGUUGUACAAGUGUGGUUUCAAAACCAGAGAGCCAAGAUGAAAAAGAUAGCUCGAAGACAGCAGCAACAGCAACAGCAGCAGCAGGAACAAGAGCAGCUGGGAGGGACCAGGAGAGGAGCAAGUAGAGGGGGCCGCCAGAGCAAUGACGACAGUGAGGAUGGCUCUAGUACCCAUGGCAUGGAUGGGAUGCUGGGAUAUCCUUCUCUGCCACGUCAGCAGCUACUCGCUCUGGACCCCAACAUCUACGGGGGAGAGCCAUUUCGACACGGGCUUACACCACCUCAGCUAAGCAGCGAGCAGCUCCACUCCUAUGACUCAGAGACCGUGUUCCAUGACCUGGACAGCGAUGGAAGCCUUGGUCACCUUGGAGACUGCCUCUUGGCAACAGGGGACGGUAGUCUCCUGCCAGGGCGAGUGGGAAAUCCAAUUGACCGCCUCUACUCCAUGCAGAACUCCUACUUCACCUCCUGACCCUUAUAAACUCUCACCCUUCCCACUCCUGUUCCACCUUUCACCUCAGAGUUGCAGCUAAUGGAAUCUGUCCAUCAACAUGCCUGUGGGAUCACUUUCCACGAAAUAGCCUACACACAAACACACUUCUAAGCUUUCAUCACAGGCCAAAACCAUCACCGACAUAGUCAUAUUAUCACUUUGCAGCAGCAGAUUAGCGUUGUGUUCCAACCAUCUUUCCUUGACAAGAAUCACAUGCUGGAAAUACAGACACUGUAAAUGUCCAAGGUAUGUAAAGAAAGACCUCAAUUUCUCCUGUUGUAUUUAUGUAAUAUUCAAUGAAACACAUUUCAUGGCACUUUUCAACAAAUAAAAUGACAAACAAAAGACACGUAUCAAACAUAUUAAUAUGUAUAUCAUAAUUUACAGACAAUUAUUGGUUGUUGAAAGUAAAUUCAUCAAUCAAGUUACAUGUAUUUAUGAGCAGCUGAGGGUCUAAAUUAAAUUAGUGUAUUGCAUAACUUUUCUUGACAGGACUAGUGAUUAGUUAUUGUGUGCGGAAGACUGCAGCGUAUACAAUACAGUAUAUGGAUUGGAGUACAAUUUUGCUCUCAGGUUAGUGUGUAUGUUUAUGAAACCUGAGCUAUAACUCAGGAUAUUGUGCUGGAUAGGAUUACAAUUUGACUUACCCAGGACAUAGAUUGAAAGAGGAAGAAACUCUCAAUGUCAAAUUUCAAACCACAGUCUUAGUUUUUUGAUAAUGCAUGACAGGUAUAAUAUGGACCAAAAAAAAAAAAUCACUUUUGUUUUUAAUAUUUAGACACUACAGGGUCAUUUGAGAAGCCUUAUGCGGAAACAGGGUUGUAUAAGUGAUUAUUGCUUUAGCUUUCCCUUCUAUUUUAUAAUGUAAUCACCAAGAGUAAAUGACAACCAAUAGAUCUAUAACUCCCAAAGUUUAGGAAAAUGGGCAUAUGAUGAUGUGCUCUGAAAUGUAAAUGUGAGUAUGACCGUGUUACAAGUAAUUGUUGUAGUCAAUUUCUGUAAACAUUUCUUUCUCAAACAUCUCAAAUUAGAGGUUGUUAGGUAGAUAUUUGUACCUUCUUCUGUGAUUAUCAGCAAAUAUUUAAACAGUAGCAUGAUAUUUAUGUGUCACAAAGUAGGUCUAAAGGAAUAGCCUCCAAACUGAAGUUGGAUAGCAAUUGCAGAAAGCAUCAGAAUCAGACUCACAAUGUGGUGCAGGAUAUAAUAGGAUUAGGGUGAUACUUGUUUCCUUUAGGUGCCGGUGAUCAGCUACAGCUCGUGACAUUCUUUCAUGACAUUAUGUUUGACUCUGAUCACUGACUCAUAGUGUUUUUUACAGUAAUAUUUUCGUGAAUGUAACUUAUUUGUGCGGUAUUAGGCAAGCUCCUAUCUUACUUUUUUGUUCAGUGACUGCCAGGUGAUGUGCUUUGAAUGUAAUGUUGCCGUAUCUUCAAUACAAUCUGCGGUUUCAUCUUUGAA